AUGCUGCCAUCAAUUGCAGCAUUCCAAUUCAAGUGUGUAUAUCCAGUGUGUUACAUUUGCAACUGGAAUCCCAGCGAAGAAGGUGCCUUUAUGAUGAACCACAUACCAUCAACAAUCUGCCAGUUGAACGUAGAGAAGCUGAAUGCCUCCUCGCUCGAUGUCGGUCUGCUCUACGGCAGAAAAACGUCCGUGACUCGCAUCAAUAUCGAAAGAUCUGCGGUUCGCAGUGUGUUUUUGCCGUCAUUUACACGUGUGAUAAGCUUAACGCUGGAACGAACAAAACUCAGUAAAAUAACAUUCGAGCUGAAUAAUAUCCACCUGGAGAGUCUGUCCAUUACCAAGAGCAGAUUGACGACCGUUCCGAGCACCAUACGCCAUUUGACGAAACUUAAGAUUCUGACGAUAUCAGAAUCACGUUUGCAAACCGUCGAUUUAAGCUCCUUCGGGUUUUUUCAGCAUCUGCAGACGAUGCAUCUCAACACCAAUUUUAUCAAGCAUCUAACUGCACCAUCGGGACAACAGUUUCCAAGUCUUACAUCGUUUAACGCUCAACGCAACCACCUAAAAUCCAUUCAUAUGGGCAUAUUUAACAGCAUGAAGCAAUUGGAAAAGCUGGAUUUACAACGCAACGAGCUCGAGAACGUCGAAGGACCUAUCGUAUCUUGCAAGUUAAAACAAAUUCUGCUCUCCUUAAACCGUUUAACGGAUGUGUUGCCAUCGAUCGUGGGAUUUCAGUUCAAGUGCUUGUACGCAGCGUGUUUCAUUCACAACUGGAACCCAACCAAAGAGGGUACCUUUUUAUUGCAGCACGUACCAGCAACAAUCGGCAUGUUGAAAUUACUACAGUUACAGGUUUCCUCGAUCGAUGUUGGUCUGUUCUACAGCAAAACAUCAUUACUAACGUACAUCAACAUCGAAAGCUCUGCAGUUCGCAGUGUAUUUUUGCCGUCAUUUGCACGUGCACAAAGCUUAAGGUUUGAGCGAACAAAACUCAGCGAAAUAACGUUUGAGGUGAAUAAUACCUCCCUGGAGAGCCUAUUCAUUAUCAACAGCUUGUUAACGACCAUUCCGAGCACCAUUGGCCACCUGACGCAGCUUGGAAUUCUCGUGAUAUCAGAAUCGCGUUUGCAAAUCGUCGAUUUAAGCUCCUUCGGCACGCUGCAGCACUUGCAUGUUUUACAGCUACACACUAACAUGAUCGAGCGUCUCGAUCUAACUGAAUCGUUGAGACAAAAGUUUCCAAGCCUGAAAACGCUUAACAUUCAACACAAUCAACUAAAAGCCAUUAACAUGGACGUGUUUCGCUCAAUCGUGGGAUUUCAAUUCAAGUGUGCAUACACAAUCUGUGCCAUCCAUAACUGGAAUCCCAGCGAAGAAGGAACCUUUGUGCUGCAGCACGUACCAACAACGGCCAGCUCUGUGAAGCUUGUGAGCUUAAACGUAUCUUCGUUCGACAUUGGAAUGUUACAUGAAAAACUACCGUUCCCCAUCGUGGUCAGCAUUGAGAGGUGUGCAGUUCAGAGCAUUUAUUUGCCCUCAUUUGUGCGCACUACUUCCUUGAUGCUGGAGCGAACGCAAAUCAGUGAAAUAACAUUCGAGCCGAAUAACACCCAUCUGGAGAGCCUGACCAUCAGUGCGAGCUGGUUGACGAGUGUUCCGACCACCAUAGGCCAUCUGCAAGCGGUAACAAUCGUGAAGAUAACCGAUUCACCUUUGGAAACCAUCGAUUUAAGUGUCUUUGGAACGCCGCCACGUCUAGAGCAGUUGCAUUUAAAUAGAAACAGGAUCAAACGCCUCGAGCUAACGCAUCGCCCGGGACACUAUUUUCUAAACCUACGAGAGCUCAAUUUCCAACAGAAUGGGUUGCAAUCUGUAAGCAUAGAUAUGUUCAACAGCAUGAAGUCAUUGAACCGGUUGGAUUUAUCACGCAACAUGUUGAAACACCUACAAGGUUCGUUCGUAUCUGCCUCCUUGCAAAGUGUGAAAUUUUCGCGCAACCAUUUAGCGCACCUCAACUGCUGCAGGUGGAAUUUAGCUUCGCUGACGAAUUUCGAAAUCGCGUUCAACAACCUGAAACAGUUACCGGCUUGCAUGGGGGACGCGAUGCCGAACCUUGGCUUUCUGUUAUUAGCUUCAAACUGCUUGUUAGAUGAUGAUGGCUUUUGGCCCAAUAUCACCCACAUGAAACAGCUUCGUUCGCUCACGGUCACCAACAACAGUCUGUCGAGUGUGGUUCUAACGAACUUUACGGUUUCACUGAAUUCACUGGAAAUAACUAAUAACAAGUUGCGCCAUUUGUGCAUACCACAUGCAACGGGUGCGCUUGCUAUCAACGCUGGAUGCAAUAAUAUCGAGCAGUUCGAUCCACAAAGCAUGUCUCCGAAUCUAUGGACGUGCAUCAAUCAAUGA